CUUGCAAAUGUUAGAAUUUGUACACGCAAGACAUCUAUAUGUAUAUUCAGAAUUAAUUUGGGCUUUAAUUAUUAAUGAUUAGACUAAUGCAGUAGAUAAUUAUUUCAAAAAGAGGAUUUUUGGCUUUUAUACGCUUGUUUUCUUCGUGAAACAUUGUCCGACUCAAUGAACAGUAACGUCGUGGAGGAACCGCGGUUCGUUCGGUUGGAGCGUGAAAAGCGAUUUAACUUCUAAAAAUAAUAAAAGCGCAAUUAAUAAGCGAUGGAGUCCUAUCAUGUGUUAGAAAGCAUAGGAGAGGGCUCGUUUGGGCGGGUGUACAAAGGACGGAAAAAGUUCAGUGGCCAGGUGGUGGCUCUCAAGUUCAUCCCCAAGGUGGGCCGCUCUGACAAAGAGCUGCGGUCCCUCCGGAGGGAGAUCGACAUCAUGAGGGGACUGCGGCACCCCAACGUGAUCCUGCUGCUCGACAGCUUCGACACGGAGCGAGAAGUCGUCGUUGUCACGGAGUAUGCAGAAGGGGAGCUCUUCCAAAUUCUGGAGGACGAUGGAAGUUUGCCAGAGAAGCAGGUUCAAGUCAUCGCUUGCCAACUUGUUUCCGCUUUGUACUAUUUGCAUUCUCAUCGGAUACUUCACCGUGACAUGAAGCCGCAAAACAUUCUGCUGGGAAAAGGAGGGGUAGUGAAGCUGUGUGAUUUUGGUUUUGCCCGUGCAAUGAGCGUGUCCACCCUGGUACUGACCUCCAUCAAGGGCACACCCCUCUAUAUGUCUCCAGAGCUGGUGGAGGAGAAGCCCUACGACCACACAGCUGACCUGUGGUCACUAGGCUGCAUACUAUAUGAACUCCACACGGGGGCUCCUCCUUUCUACACCAACUCCAUCUUUCAGCUGGUAAAGUUGAUUGUCCAGGAUCCGGUCAAGUGGCCUGAGAGCAUGAGCGAGGAUUGCACGAGUUUCUUGAAAGGCUUGUUGACUAAGGAUCCUCAGAAAAGGUUGUCAUGGCCAGACCUCUUAUAUCACCCCUUCGUUGCUGAUGGAGUUUUAGUGCUCCCCGACAGCGGAUCCGACAACCCGCUGACAGUGACACCCAGCCCGGGCCUACAGGCGCUCAGGCUGCAGCAGGUGAAGGAGAAGGCGGGACCCCACAGUUUGGAAGGGAGGCUGCUGUGCAAGGCCUGGGAGCGGAGAGGCAAAGACAGGAAAGCUAAGAAGGGUUUUUCAGAAAAUGGACAAAUAGGAGGAACGAGGGGUGACUCCUCCAAUAAGCCACCUACGAGAAGAGCUCCACGUGAUCGGACCCCCUCAAAAGAUUGUACGGACACCCCUUUAGAGAAUGUGGCCGAGGAAUCUGCACAACCAGCUGCUGUGAAACUAGCCGACAGAAUGGGUCAGAUCAGCAGGGACUAUGCCAAGGAGUUUCCUUCUGUAGAGGUCGGACCCAGGUGCAUCCUCAAGCAACCGCACAGAGGCCAGGGCUGUCUGGAUUCCGUUCACUUGGAGAACGAGGAUGUUGACAGCGAUGAGGAAUUGCAGCAUUUAAUUAAUAAAACUGACCCAGGGAAUCCAGCACUUACAGCCUUUGACCAGGCCGUCUUGCCACGUUUGAGGACCCGAUUAAUGACAUCUAAAGUCCAGCUACUGGGCGGAAUGUUGGAAGGAGCAUGCCGAAUCCGUCCACCUCUGCGGGUCCUGAGUAACCUUCUGACCCCAGACUUAGACUCCAAGGCUGCAACCUCCAUGGCCACGGAAUUGGGCUUGCCUGACCUCUUGUUCAGUCUAAUUGAGGACAUCCUGGAGAACCCUGUCUCAAAGCAGCCUUGGUGCAUACCAGUCCUAGGAGAUUUGCUCUCUUUGCUUGUGGCAUACUGGGAAAGGCACUUUGUUGCAGAACCAGUUGAAAAGCGACUGGAGGAACAAGCCAGACUCUUCAUCACUAUUUUGCUUCGUCCAGAUAUGGCUCCUUUGGCACCUUCAGCUGCCACUGUGUUAGCCCUGUUCACACAACAGGGCAUCCUGGUGGAUGUCUCCCCUGAUAAGCUCAUCACCGCCAUGGAGGCUGCCCUGUCUUCCCAUGUGGAGCACCAUGUCCCUCCAACCCGAGACUGGGGACUUUUUGAUGGCUUCCUAGUAGUGUUCUUUCAGACUCUCUCUGAACAAGCAGAAUUCCCUCACUCUCAGUUUUUGAACUCGGAUCUCUGGCGCUUCCUGUGGGUGAGAGUUAGCGAUGCACUCAAGGUGGACAACAUGAAAUAUUUUUCACUUAGCGGUCUGCACAUCUUCCUCUCAUUGGCUCUCUCCAUGUUCACCAGAGAGCCCCAGCACUGCAUCCCUCUUCUUGCUGAUAAGGAGAUGGGCUGCGUGGCAACCUUAGGACAUCUACUUACAGCUGACCGGGUAGGAAUGAAGGACUGGACUUCAGAAUGGAGACCCACCCCCCCAUGUAGUGACACCAGUCAGAGCAGCCUAUCACUGAUGAGCUGCCACCUGCUCUGCUUCCCAUUCGCUCUUGAGGUGUCCAAUGAGACCAUGGAGCAGAUCCUCCAAUCGUAUCACAGAUGUGACAUCGUCUCCCGUCUGCUGCAGCUCUCUUUAGGUCUCCCAUUACCUCUUGUGGAGUUACCCCUCGCCCUGCUGUGUCGUCUGUUGCUGUGUGACCCAGAGCAUUCCGUCUCCACGUUCAUGGCUGCUGCUGAGCUCUCUGGCUUCUUCCGUCCCUCAUCUGGACCGGAGCACACUGACGACUUUAGCCCCCCUGAUGAAGGGCAUCAGGGACUCUGCCACCCAGUGGGUAGAACAGCCAGUUCCCUCCUAAGUGCAUUCCUCAAUUCAGAAGGGUUCUCAGAUUUGGCUGCAGAACUCAUCACCGUGGUGUCUCUGACAGCCCGCUGUUUGCUGCGACCCUCUCUCUCCCACCUGUACAUAGACCCAGCCUUACUAAGGACAUCCUUGGCUUUCUCAGACCACACAGUGAGAGCUGCCACCUGUAGCUUGCUUGGUAAUCUCAAUCCCAUGGUGGCGCAGACCCUUCCUGACGAGCAGGCCCUCCUGAGGCUCUUCCAAGAUCUGAUUGCCAGGCUCCAUGAUGAAUCCUUGCCUGUGCGCAGGGUGGGUUGCCGGGCAGUUGGCACAUGGUUGGGUCUGAUUGGCAGGGUAGGUGGAGACAGUAAAGAAAAAGUUAGUGGUCCAGGAGGGGAGUCAACAACUUGCAGGGUUGAUGGGUGGGUGAAAGUGGCUCAAGGGGCAGUACCAGCACUAGUGGCCCUCCUGCGGGACCCUGACUCGCUGGUACGUCGACACUGUUGCGGAGCCCUGGGGAAUCUGGCUGUGCUCCAGGGCAUGACGGCCUCCUUGCUCCAGUUUCAUGCCCCUGGCAGACUCCUCCAUACUGCUUGCACAGACUCCCAGCAGGAGGUGAGGCUCGCGGCCAUCAGCAACCUCCGUGUCUUCAGCCAACAGACCGAGCUACAAAGGGCUUUAGUGUCCUUGGAUGCCUUUGAGAAACUAAGUCAGGUGUUCCAGAAUGCACCUGCUCCGCAUCAGUGCCACUGGCUCAUCAACCAGCUGCGUCCCUCUGGAAGGCCCGGACAGCACCAGAAUUCUCACACACACCGUUAGCGGCACUAAGCCAUGUUGUCCUUUUUGCUUCUGACCUUUCCAUUUCAUGACAAGGUCAAGUCACAUGUGGAAUUUGUCAUUAAUGGGAUUUACAUAUUUUGUAAAAUUUGAGAAGAUUUUUUUUCUUAGAUUUGUUAUAAAGGUUUUCUAAACUGAA